AUGGAUCCUAGUUUCAAUGGAGAGUGGAGUGCUUCUGAGAUCGAGACAGUGAAAUCUCACAUUGCGGGGAACAACACCAACACUUAUGCAAACAACAUGAACAAGAAGCACACUGACAUUAUGGAUGAGCUCCAAGCAAUAUUUCCAUUGAAGGAGAAGCAUCAGGUAACCAACUUGUAUGUUGAACUCAUGAUGGAGAUGAUGCAUAGGAUGCAGGGUGGCAACCAACAUGUAGUAACAAACAACAACAUCAUGAUCGGCAACUUUGGAACGCCGCUAGAGGAUCCUUCCAUGGGAAACAUGGAAGUGUUAUGCGAUCCUCUUAUGGAGGAAAUGGAGGCCAUAAGGAAGGGGGUAGAGGUGCCGCAAAGGCAUCCCAUGCCUCAGAAGGAGAAGCAACAUGCCGUAAGGUUUUGGACCAAAGAGGAACACAGGAAAUUCCUCAAAGGUUUGGAUGCAUAUGGUCGCGGCAGCUGGAAGAACAUUUCCAGGCACUUCCUUCCCAACAAGACCCCGGUACAGAUCUGCAGCCAUGCCCAGAAGUAUUUCCGAAGGCUACAAAACCCAAAUAAAAAGCAACGCUACAGCAUCAAUGAUGUUGGCCUCUACGACACCGAGCUUGGGGUGCAGAACAAUGCUUCUGGCUGGGAGGGGCACACCAUCACCGGCGGUGCCUACAACCCAAAUCACUAUGGCUCCGGCGAUCAACCAGCUGCGAUGAAUAAUCUGUCCCAGGUUACAUCACCACUGAUGCACAUCACUGGCCAAGCUAGCAGCAGCCAAACUGCCACAUUGGCUAAUGGUUCUCGACAACAGAUGGGAGCUAGUAGCUCUUCUGUGGUUCCAUUAAUGGAGGGGGCUGGGAGCCACAUGGGUUGGACUGAUGAUCAGCAGGGAGAUUUUUUUGCUAAUCAGUGGAUCAUGAACAUGCACAUGAACUAG